CCUGCAUAUAAAGAUAACUCUGUAUGAAGAAGGGAACCAGUUGUAAAGGGAGGAGGGCAGAUAUGGGAGAUUUUCUUAACACAUAUUUUUUUAUCUUGGUUUAUUUGUCCCUCUUCUCCUUCCACUCUGCAUCUAACUCUUUUUCUUUAUCUUGUAAAUUACAGAAAAAGUUUCAACUUAAUGAAAUGCACAAGCCUGGAGAUGUGGUUCUUGGUGGGCUGUUUGAGGUGCACUAUUCCUCUGUUUUCCCUGAGUGGACUUACACCUCAGAGCCACAAUGGCCCAUCUGCAAACGGUUUGACACUAUAGGGUUCAGGCAUGCAAUGACCAUGGCCUUUGCUAUUGAUGAGAUCAACAGGAGCUCUGUUCUGUUACCUAAUGUGACUCUAGGAUACAGUCUGUAUGACAACUGUGGUACACUUAUCAUUGGAUUCAGUGGUGGACUAUCACUUGCCAGUGGCAGAGAAAAGCACUAUGUGUUUGAGGAGAACUGUUUAGGGACCCCUCCAGUCAUGGGGAUAGUUGGUGAUUCUGCCUCUACAUUUACCAUUGCCACUUCCAAUGUGCUGGGAUUAUACAAAAUGCCUAUUGUGAGUUAUUUUUCCACUUGUUCCUGCCUUAGUCAUCGACAACGGUUCCCAUCCUUCUUUAGAACAAUCCCAAGUGAUGCUUUCCAGGUGCGUGCAAUGAUACAGAUUCUGCAACACUUCAGCUGGACUUGGGUCGGCCUGCUAGUCAGUGAUGAUGAUUAUGGACUCCAUGUUGCGCGAUCCUUCCAAUCUGAUCUGACUCAAUCCAGUGGAGGCUGUCUGGCCUACUUAGAAGUUUUGCCCUGGGACAAUGACCCAACUAAACUUAAUAGGAUUGUUGAUGUGAUGAAGACAUCCACAGCCCGUGUGGUUAUGGUUUUUGCACACGAAUUUCACAUGAUACAUCUUAUGGCAGAGGUGCUUAGGCAGAAUGUGACAGGCCUACAGUGGAUAGCAAGUGAAGCCUGGACAACAUCUACUGUGCUUCAGAAACCUGAACUCAUCCCGUACCUGAAGGGCACGCUCGGCAUUGCCAUCCGUCGAGGGGAAAUACCAGGACUGAAGGAGUUUUUAAUACAAAUACAUCCUGACAAAGUUAACAAUGACAGCUCUGGAACAAGCAUGGUGAGGCAGUUUUGGGAAUCCACAUUUCGGUGUAAAUUUGCUUCACCGGGUUGGCUGAAAGCUGGGGAAACACUCUGCAAUGGCGAAGAAGACAUACAAAAUGUUGAGAGUGAUUUUUUGGAUGUGUCAAACCUCAGGCCUGAGUACAAUAUUUACAAAGCUGUGUAUUCUCUAGCAUAUGCCCUUGAUGAUGUGAUGAAGUGUGAGCCAGGGAGAGGGCCCUUCAGUGGGCACAGCUGUGCCAAUUUGCAAACUUUGGAGCCAUGGCAGCUUGUUCAUUAUUUACAAAAGGUCAACUUCACCACAUCAUUUGGUGAUCAAGUUUCAUUUGAUGAGAAUGGAGAUGUCCUACCAAUCUAUGAUGUCAUCAACUGGCUGUGGCUCCCUGAUGGAAAAAUUAAAGUUCAAAAUCCACCUCAGUCAGUAUGUAGUGAGAGCUGUCCUCCAGGUACCCGCAUGGCCAGAAAGAAAGGGGAACCUGAAUGCUGUUUCGACUGUGUCCCUUGUUCUGAGGGGAAAAUCAGCAAUACAACUGACUCCAUAGAGUGCACCAGUUGUCCAGAGGACUUCUGGUCCAGCCCAAAACAUGACAUCUGUGUGCCUAAGAAGACAGAGUUUCUCUCUUUUCAUGAGCCGUUGGGUAUCUGCUUGACAACUGCCUCAUUGCUGGGCACAUUUCUCUGUUCUGUCGUCCUGGUAAUCUUCAUCCAUCAUCGCAGCACACCCAUGGUACGAGCCAACAAUGCAGAACUGAGUUUCCUCCUCCUAGUGUCACUUAAACUAUGUUUCCUGUGUUCACUGCUGUUUAUCGGCCGCCCCAGAUUAUGGACGUGCAAGUUGAGACAUGCAGCAUUUGGCAUAAUCUUUGUGCUUUGUGUCUCAUGUAUUCUGGUGAAAACUAUGGUGGUUCUUGCCGUGUUCAAAGCCUCCAAGCCAGGAGGUGGAGCUGUUCUCAAGUGGUUUGGUACCAUGCAACAGAGAGGUACAGUCCUGGUUCUUACUUGUAUUCAGGCAGUAAUUUGCACCGUCUGGAUUGUCAUCUCCUCACCAUCUCCACAUAAAAACACCAAAUACUACAAUGACAAGAUAGUGUAUGAAUGUGUUGUUGGGUCCACCAUUGGCUUUGUUGUCUUAUUGGGUUACAUUGGCUUUCUGGCAAUCCUCAGCUUCCUGCUUGCAUUUCUGGCAAGGAAUCUUCCUGACAACUUCAAUGAGGCCAAACUCAUCACUUUCAGUAUGCUUAUUUUCUGUGCUGUGUGGGUGGCCUUUGUCCCUGCUUAUGUCAACUCACCAGGCAAAUAUGCAGAUGCAGUGGAAAUAUUUGCCAUUCUGGCCUCCAGUUUUGGUCUGUUGGUGGCACUGUUUGGACCCAAAUGUUACAUAAUCCUGCUGAGACCAGAGAGGAACACAAAAAAAGCGAUCAUGGGGAGAGAAACCACCAAUUUCUCAAAGUAACAUCUCUUAAACUUUC